UUCUAACCCCAGUUGAGGAAGUUAGUGACCCUACUUUGGUACCAUCUUAAGAAUUCUGGUAACACCUUCAUGAAUGGCCAUUGUUAAUCCAGUUUUACAAGAUCUUUAGCCUUCUCUGCCAGAGUGCUGGUUCAUCAACAAACUACAACUUCACAGGGUUAUAUAGCACUGAGCCAUGGCAGUUGUAGUGGUGUCAAACUGUAUUACUUCUACAGUAUAGAUGCACUCGUAGUAACUUGACCAUUUUAACAUGUAUUUAGCAAUUGCAUGUGAUGGGAUUUCUGGGACUUGAAAGCCAAAAACAUCUAGGGACCCCAGGUUGAGAACCACUGCCCUAUAUGCAAAAGUUACAUUGGUGGAAAUGGUUCAUAAACAAUAUACUACAUAAUUUCUAAGUGGGAAUUUAUAUUUUGACCUUCCAAGACAGGAGAAAUUUGUUGGGAUUCAUCCUGGACUACUCAAGUCUAAAUGUAGUCAGAUAGAUGAUAGAGUUAGAUUGAGGGAAUCCUUCCCCCCCCCCCUUUCCAAAGCAUGCCUAGAUAGGAUUCACCAUUGUUUCCUGGUUCCCAUCCUAUUUAGGUCAGCCCACCCUUUGAUGUUCCUAGAAAUGUAAUCUCUCCUAGGGCUUUGACGUAACUUCCCCAAUUUGAUCCUUUGGAAUGUUUAUGGCCCUAGAGAAGAAGUGACCAGACCCACGAGGCUGACCGCCAUUCCAGCUUCCUGCUUUGUUCCAGAGAGGACGCACCUCUGUCCUCUAUUAGUCAAGAUGUAGCCUAUCUAUAGAGUUUUUUAUUUUAAUCCGUCUAUGUGUAUUAGAACAGGAUAGAUCAGUUAGUUAGAUCCAAACCUUUUCUAUCCAUCAAUGGAUUUCUUUUUACCUCAAUAAAUGCUUUUAAUCUUUAAAGCUAACUUUGCAUCCCUUUUGCCUUCCUGAUGACACAGAGGCCUUCCGAAACUCACACUCGCGUAAGUCUCAAGUCUCACCCUGCUGCAAUUCUUUACUCUGCUAUUUUAAUGGGAAUUUGCCUCAUAAAAGAGGGUGAUUAGAGCUUAACGGCUCUUCCAUUCCCAACAAAGGGUUACGGGCCCAGAACACUUGUGAGCAGACAAAGGGUUUUAAUGCCCAGGAGGACGCGGAAGUGCUGAGUAAGGAUUUUUAAAGGAUUGGCAUGAAAAAGGAGCAAAGAUUAUUUGGAGACUUUCAGGGUGCAAUUGAAGACGUCCUGCCUACUCUAAACAAUAAAGGGGUACGCGUUUUCUACCUGAGUGAUGACUCUCCAACUGAAGGUGUGGAAGCUUUGCAGGGACAGAUCAAAACCAGCUCAACUGAACCAGUUCCUGCUUCUUUCCGAGCCAACAUAACUUCCAAAUCAACAUCCUUGUAUAUUUUCACAUCUGGAACCACAGGGCUACCAAAAGCCGCUAUCAUCACCCACCGAAAAGUGUUAUCAGCAGCUAAUCUAUUCGGCCUGUGUGGUGUCCAUCCAGAUGAUAUCAUCUACAUCCCACUCCCACUGUACCAUGCAUCUGCAUUAAGUGGGAUUGCAUCAUGCAUCGACAUUGGCGCAACAUGUGUCCUGACACCUAAAUUUUCUGUUACAAAGUACUGGGAUGACUGCAGAAAAUACCGUGCCACUGUAGUCCAGUAUGUAGGAGAAAUUAUGCGCUAUGUGUGCAAUGCACCAAAGAAAGACAACGACCGUGACCACAGUGUCCGACUAGCAGUAGGUAAUGGCAUGCGAAUGGAGGUCUGGAAGGAAUUCCUGGACCGCUUUGGACCCAUACGUAUCUAUGAGCUGUAUGGAGCUACUGAGGGGAAUGCUGGUUUUGUUAACUACACAGGGAAAGUUGGAGCUGUGGGAAGGACCAACUUUUUAAUCAAGAAACUGAUACAGUUUGAAUUUAUUCAGUAUGAUAUUGAGAAGGAUGAGCCUGUGAGGGACGAGAAAGGAUACUGCAUCCCAGUGGCUAUAGGUAAAACUGGUUUAAUGGUAACCAAGAUCACUGAGAAUGCCCCAUUUGAAGGCUAUGCGGGAGACGUGCAAAAGACAGAAAAGAAAAUGCUUCGGGAUGUCUUGAAGAAAGGAGACUGCUACUUUAAUAGUGGUGAUCUUCUGAUGCAAGACCACGAAGGCUUCAUAUAUUUCCAGGACCGGGUAGGAGAUACCUUCCGCUGGAAAGGGGAGAAUGUGGCCACUACAGAGGUUGAAGCGACCCUGGUAGAAGUUGACUUUAUUCAGGAAGUUAAUGUAUACGGGGUACCAGUGCCAGGGCAUGAAGGAAAGAUUGGGAUGGCUGCCAUACGGCUCAAGGAAGGACUUCCCUUUGAUGGAAAGAAGCUAUAUCUCUAUUCCAAAGAUUAUUUACCAAAUUAUGCCAUACCUCGCUUUAUUCGUAUCCAGGACUUCCUGGAGCUCACUGAGACAUUCAAACAACGCAAAGGUCAAUUGGUGAAGGAAGGAUUUGACCCCACCGUCAUCAAUGACCCCUUGUACUUCUUAGAUGACUCAGAAAAAUGUUAUGUGCCCAUGACUCAGGAGAUUUUCAGCUCCAUCACAGAGAAGAAACUGAAAUUGUGAAAAGAACUCUCAUCAUGUGGUGGUCUCCUCCAUGUUCCAAAUAAGACAGGGAACCUAGGAAGAACUGCAUGUGUGACCUCUUGGUUUCUAUCCCAUUUUGAUACUGUGAGAGAGUUUGGAAUGGGUCAUAUAGAUGUAGGUUCACUUUUUUGGCAUCCAUAUGAGGUAUUUGAUUUGGCAAAAAACAUAUGAGAAGCAGUAAAAACAAAAAUGUUCAGGAGUUGGUGGUGAAAAGGAAGAGAUUAAUAUAUAUAUUUUCCCAGUGUAA